UCAUUGAUUAAAACUCUAAAUUUGUUUCUUCACUGUUUCUCACUUUGUUACAUGUUGAAGUAAAGGAUCUCCUGAUCAAAAUCAGUAUCUAAGGAGUAGUAAUUAAUGUACAACAUAAGCAAUACUUGUAAGGAAUUUGCUUAAAUUCUUCCCCACGUCAAAAACACGCACAAAAGUAUAAGCCAAAGCCACUCACCACAAGUCACUCGGCACUAGGCCAGCCCAACCUAAUCCAUUAUCAAGUCCUACUCCCACACCAAUAACUCAUUACUUGUUUACCCUAAAUCAGACGAAAAGCUCUAAUCACCGCCUAUUACGCCAUAAUCCGAGUGGGCCCCGCAGCCUUGACUAUUUAUAUUUAUUUUGUUUUUGGUAUGAAUGAAAGCACAGUCGCAUCAAAAAAAAUAUUUGAAAGCACAGUCACAACAGUCCAGAAUCCGUCCAAUCACCAAAGAGUCUUGAAAGAGAACGGAACGAUAAUGGCCCCCUCUUCUUCUUCUUCUGUGACGCCAAAGACGACGACGUCGAAGCCCAACGUGUUCAAGCGAUUCGACGUCGUUUCGGACCACUCAGACCACCACUACGUCAACAACAAAAACGGCUGCGGCUGCGGCGGCCGGGUUCAGAAGAAGAUCAUGCAGGAGUGGAAGAUUCUGGAGAAGCACCUCCCGGACUCCAUCUACGUGCGCGCCUACGAGACCCGCAUCGACCUGCUCAGAGCCGUCGUCGUCGGAGCCUCCGGCACGCCCUACCACGACGCCCUUUUCUUCUUCGACAUCGCGUUCCCCUCCGAUUACCCGACCCACCCGCCCGAGGUCCACUACCGCUCCUUCGGGCUGAGGCCCAACCCGAACCUCUACGCUAGCGGGUACGUCUGCCUCAGCCUGCUGAACACCUGGCCAGGAAAGGGGAAGGAGAAGUGGGACCCAUCUCAGUCGACGAUCCUCCAGGUUCUAGUGUCGAUCCAAGGCCUGGUUCUCAACAAGGAGCCCUACUUCAACGAACCGGGAACCGGGAACCGGUUCGGAUGCGAGGCGUCUCGGGCCUACAACGAGAAAGUCUUCGUUUUGACUUGCAAAACGACGCUGUAUUUGCUCUCGAGGGCGCCGCUGAAUUUCAAGGCUUUCACCGCCUCGUUCUAUAGGCAGAGAGCGGGCAUGAUACUGAGAGCGUGCAGGGCCUACGCGAACGGGCGCGUGGUGGUGGGACACUACAAGGAUGAGGAUGCUGGUGUUGCGGUUACGAAGGUUAAGCGGAAAUUCGUGGCGUCGAUGGUGGAGUUGUACCCGCAACUGUUCAACGCAUUUCAAGGAACAGGGGCCUCUUUGGAGGGUUUGCUCGAGCACCUGAAGGUGGAGACUCGUUAUCCGGCGCCGGCUAAGCCGCGGGGUAAGUGUAUUGUGAAAAGGGCGUUUGACAGAUUGAAAACAAUUUUGGGAUUGGGGGGAUCGAAGAAGAAGACGAAGGAGGGGGAGGAGAAUGAGAAUAGUAACAACAAGAAUGACGAUGGCACGAAAGGCAAUGCUGGGGUGGCUGCUGAUGCUGCUGCAGCAGCUGAUUGAGAUUGGGUUGGGAGAUGCAGGGACACAUUCGAGAUUUAGGUUUGGUUUCAGGGGUAUUUUUGGGUAAAUAAAAGUAAUAGGGGAUUUAUUAUUAGGAUUUAGGAUUGGCUUCUUUAAUUUUGGUUUGCUGGUGUGAUGGAUGGUUACGUUACGCCGGUACAGGACGUUAGAAUUUGAAGUUUAACAACACACAUAUACUGAAUGCAAUGGGACGUAAACAAACGUGAACUUUUCUCGACUUUAUUGUCUUUUUUUUUUCUUUUUUUUUGUGGCUUUUAAAUAUACUUAUCUUUAACAAGUUGCUUGCGGAGAUGAUUAUAAUGCGUAAUUAACACGUACAUAAGUAUAUUAAAAGCAAAAAAACUAAGAUAAGUAUACGAGAUUAGACAUACACAUUUAUUAGUGAAUUUUUUCAUAUUUUUAAUGAGAAAAAGUUUAGGAGGAGAUUGGUUACUCUCAUCACCGGCUUACCGAUUGAGCAAAGUUUUGAUUAUAACAUGACAUCCAAUCACUGCCCAUCCUCUUCUCUUAGAUACUCUGCAGUUGAUCUCUCUGGUAAUUUGGAGCAAUCCCCAGUCUCCUCCUUGAGUUUUUUCUUUUGCUUUGCCAACUCUACGAUUUCUUGAAACAUUUUGUCAUGCUUUUGUGGAUCAAAUUUGGGUGCAUCUGGUCUCAGCAUGGUGCCUGCUUGUUACUCCAAAAACUUCUGAUUUUCUUUCAACUGGUAGAGCCUCUGCAAAGCACUUGUUGUGACCCAAGACCAGUGAGAUCCUUAGAAUCCUCAGUUGGGUUUUCAUGUUCCAUGUUUAUGCUUUGCCAUCCAUAUCAUCUAUGAUAAAAAAAUCUUUAGGUGGAGGGUGUGCAUUUUCAGCAAAGGUCUUAACAGAAGGCCUUUUUACUUCUGUGGAGCUACUCUCAACGCAUGGAAUGACGUAUUUGUUCUCCCCUGGAUGAAUCGCCGGCCGAAAGCUGCCUUCUAUUACUGCAAGGAUGAGAGCAUAAGAGUUUAACUCAGGGACUUGUAGAAGGAUCAAUUUGGUAUCUGCUUUGUAUAUCAUAACCAUUUGAACCAACCCACAUUGUUGACCACCACGUCUUGCACCGGAAAUGCACCAGAAUUUACGAUAUGCUAGCUUCCCAAUUGAGUUCAGAAUCCUAUUACUUGCAAACCAAGAAAGGAGCCGUCUCUGAGUUUGCAUUGACGAAUUUCGACGUGUAUGUCAGUGUUAUGAAGAAUUGAAGAGCCAGCAGACACUGUUACAUUCUUAGGACAUCAGAUCAGAGAGAAGUGUUAUGCCAUCAUCAUCCAAAGAAAGAUUACCAUUGAGGGACAAAGAAAAUCUAGAUUUGGCGAUAGAAAGGGUCUUAGAGAUUACGUUAGGAGGAGGGGAGCCAUAUAGACUUAUGAAUGAACAAAAUGAAACAAGAAAUUUAUAUUAGUCAAGGUAAUAAUAAAUGGAUGUUUCAUUUCAAA